AUGAUCCGACUGCUCAUUGUUGCCACAUCUGUGGCCUUGGCUCUCGGAUAUUUUUCCCCGUAUCCCCCGUAUCCUCCGUAUCCUCUGUACCCUCCAUACCCUCCAUACCCUUACCCGUUCCCUUUCCCUCCCCCACCUCCCGGAUUAGAAUGCUGGACGCCCUGGCUCGACCGCGAUGACCCCGACAAAAAGGGAGACUGGGAGCUCCAUUCACAGUUCCUUGAAGAGAAGAGAUGUUUUGUUUGCCCCAAUCCGACUGACAUUGACGUCACCACUGUGAAGGGGAACAGCGUGGCUUCAACGGGGGAAGUCAUCUUCCAGAAAGACAGCAAAGGAUUUAUCUGCAGAAAUGAGGACCAGCCCGACGGCCGCUGCUGUGAUUACCGCGUUCGCUUUGCCUGCCAUGCUCCUUUCUGUGACAGAGGUAUUACAGUGUGCAACUGGACCAGGUUCUUCAGCCGAGACAACGCUUUUGCAAAGGGAGACUAUGAGCUGCUGAGCGACCUGCGGGUGGAUUUCCCCGGCGAAAUCUGCGACGACCCAGUGGCCAUUGAGGCUGUUACUGUCGACACACUGACCCCAGCCAUCCACACAGGAGACAACAUCCAUAUCUAUUGUCCCAGUAAGGGAUUUGUUUGCCGGGCGGAGGACCAGCCAUCCCACAGAUGUCAUAACUACAAAGUUCGCUUUGGAUGUCCGUGCCGCUGACGGGAUCAUCCUUCACAACAUCGCCAAU